AUGGCUGCUCUACCAAAGAACAUGGAGCAUGUUGAUAGGAGAGAACUCUACACUUCACUACCUGUUAGAGUGCAAUACUUGCAACAAUUUCUUGAAUUCAGUGCAGGUGUCGAUGCAGACGAUGUCGUGGCUCUGAUAGAUGGACAAAAGUAUAUCAAGCAGAUCAUUCCAGCAAUUGUAAAUAUGGUUUACAAGAAGCUGCUGAUGCAUGAUAUUACUGCCCGGGUGUUCUCGACAAGGGACAGCAGGCGCGAGGAAGACCCUGAUGAGUGGGUCAAGGAGGAAGGGUCUCAAAUUCGACAUCGUAAGAUGUUCUUGAGAUGGUACCUUACCAAGCUAAACUCGGACCCGAGCAAAAUGGAGUACUGGCAAUACCUGGAUAAAGUCGGUCUUAUGCACGUUGGAAAGGGGCGUAAAAACCCACUGCACGUCGAUUAUAUUUUCUUAGGCGCCUGCCUAGGGUACAUCCAAGAUGCUAUGACAGAGGCCAUCCUCUCACAUCCUCGUCUUGAACUGCUCCAGAAAAUCGCAAUUGUGAAAGCAAUAGGCAAAGUCAUCUGGAUACAAAAUGACUUGAUGGCUAAAUGGCACUUAAUUGAUGGCCAAGAAUUCGACGAUGAAUUUGUCGAAGAGGAGGUACAGGCCGAAGCGGCUGAACCAGAAGGCUAUAUCAAUGGACACAGGAUUUUGGGGAACCAGAGAAGUGAUGAUAGCAGUUCAGAAGGACGACCAUCUUCUGUUUCAUCCGGGAGAUCUGGGAAGAGUACGACCAGCCUUGGUAGGACGCCAGAGCAAGUCCGCCAAAGCAAUGAGGUCAGUAGAUGCCCCUUCAGUGGGAUGACGCACACUCCAAAGCAAAUGGAGACACAGAGAGCUACAACUUGGAGGCCGUGUCGUGAGGAAGCUGUUGUGCCGCCUGUCCCCUCAGGCAUUCCCAAAUUGCAUCUCAUUGACGGGAGAACGGUUUGCAAGGAGAAUCUGGGACCGAACCCUUUCGAAUAA